GCCUUCGUCGUCAGGCUCGUCCCAUGACACGCCAUCCACCCUCCUUUCAGUCCUCAGCGUCGGCAGCGAGCUUGCUGCCCCACCACAGUCAACGCGACACUAAUGGACGACGGCAACCCUCAAUCAAUAGCUUCUCGGGGCUCAUUAGUAGCCAGUCGUCGUCGAUGAUUGGGGGUCAUAAUUUCUACAGGCAUUCCUCGAUAUCAGAGAAGUACUCGCUCGACCCCUCUCCAGCACAAUGGGGCACACCACUCCUGAUGGACGUCCGAGAACCCGACGACGAGCUACACAACCCCGACCCAAAGCAAGACUCGUCGAAGACGGAAUGGAGCAGUUUCUCGUAUCGGGGGAUGUCCAACCUUGGCUGCCUGUCUAUUUUAAUAGUGGGAAUGUUGGUGCUCUUUGUCGGCUACCCUCUAAUCACGCAUUUGACGAAAGAGCGGCCGACAACACAAGGCGGCUUCAACCUAGGCGGAAUCAAUGCAAGUGGCCAGAUACCCGAACUCCCUGGAAACUUUGGCCUAAUUGAUAAAGAUACUCCACGAGAAGCGUACACCAAACCUUCUUGGCACAAUGGCGAGGAGAUGGUGCUUGUGUUCUCGGAUGAGUUCAAUGAAGACGGUCGAACUUUCUAUCCUGGAGACGAUCCCUAUUGGGAAGCCGUUGACAUCCAUUACUGGGGAACGAAUGAUCUCGAAUGGUAUGAUCCUUCACAAGCCACAACGCGGGACGGCGCACUUCAGUUAACACUGGAGCGAGUCGCGGAUCCAUCGCUCAACCACAAUCUGGAGUAUAAAUCCGGAAUGGUCCAGACAUGGAAUAAGUUUUGCUUCACAGGUGGUCUACUCGAAGCAUCGGUGAGGCUCCCCGGAUCCAGCACUAUCGCUGGCCUCUGGCCCGCUGUUUGGGCGUUGGGCAAUCUCGGACGAGCUGGUUAUGGUGCGAGUUUAGAAGGCCUCUGGCCAUACAGCUAUGAUUCAUGCGACGUGGGGACCCUGCCCAACCAAACCUAUCCGGGAACUUCUCUUCCCGAGGCGGCGGUGACGAAUGGAGAUCCUUAUAACGGUGAUGUUCUCUCCUAUCUCCCAGGGCAACGGCUAUCCGCAUGCACAUGCCGAGGUGAAUCACAUCCUGGACCCGCUAGACCUGAUGGCUCCUACGUUGGCCGCGCUGCGCCGGAAAUAGACGUGUUCGAAGCUACCGUCCACGGUGGGAUGGGAAUGGUUUCCUUGUCAGCCCAAUGGGCCCCUUACAACGCCCAGUACGCUAUCCGAAAUAGCUCCGGUGAGGUAGAGUUCGACGAUCCGGACGUAACGCAUUACAACGAUUAUGUCGGAGGUGUUUGGCAACAAACCACGAGCGGACUGGCGAUCACCAAUCAGCAAGCGUACGAGUUGAGCGGUGGAUUGUUCGCCGUUUAUGGAUUCGAGUACAAGCCCGGGUUCGACGACGCGUACAUCACCUGGAUCAACGAUAACAAGCGCGCUUGGACGAUCUAUUCCGCCGCUCUAGGUCCGGACCCUGCAACUGAGAUCGGUGCAAGGCCGUUCCCUCAAGAACCAAUGUAUAUUAUCGCCAAUUUGGGUUUCUCUGAAAACUUCGGAGUGAUCGAGUACGACCAGUUGACAUUCCCGGCGACCAUGAGCGUCGACUGGAUCCGCGUCUACCAACCUGCGAACCGGGUCAACAUUGGCUGUGAUCCUCCCGAGUUCCCUACUGCGAAGUACAUCGAGACAUACAAGGAGGUUUAUUCAAACCCGAACCUUACUCUCUGGUCCGAUUCUGGCCAGCCUUGGCCCAAGAACUCGCUGGUCGAUCAGUGUUAAGUUCUCGCGGGCCCUGCACCCGCCGUUGCUUUCGCUGUCACACGCUUAACUUAUUUCGUUUCUCUGCACACUGUACUUUUUGCCGCCGCAUUACCGCAUCGACCCCGCUAUUCGACCCUUACCACUACCAUCAGCAUUCCCUACCACUUACUACCGCACCCCGCUAUGAUUGGCAUACACGGACCUUUACUCACUCAAAAUCCUACGAUAGAUAGAUAUGAAUUCUACAGGAUAGAUCAUUAACCUAGGGCUUACAGUUUAACUCAAUUGUUGUGUUUUUUAUACGACUUACGAUGGACUUUUUAGUUUUGGAUGU